CCAUCGACAGGCUCAUCCUUUCGUUCGCACACAUCCACACCUACCGAACAGAGGCAGAAAAACAGAGAGGGGAUGGCUCUCUAGGGUUCGCCCGCCGCCACCGUCGCCGGUCCCGUCGCCGGCAAGGCGUGUGGAUCCGGUCUCCGCCGCCCCCGGCCAUACACCGGCUGCAUCAGAUCCGUGGCGCCGCCGUCCCUUAGCACCUGCUGCCCCCGCUCCCAGUCUGUCCCCGUGCUCCACCUGCACCGGUGCCGGAGCUUCAUCUGCACCACGCCGGAGCUUCAGCUGCACCACGCCGGAGGCCCCCCCUUGCCCCCCGACUCCACCUCCUCCUGCCUGACUGCACCAGCCCUGCCCCAUCUCCUACCUUUGAGAAGAUGAGCACAAGUGACAGCCAUAGUGAAGAGUCCAAAACUGAUUCUGAUGCUAUGCCAACCUCAAGGAGGCAAAGGAGAAAAAAAUACAUGAUGGCUGCACUUGUUGGUAUCAUGUACAGUGAGAAGUAUCUCAUGAAAAAGAAGAGAAGAGUUCCGAUAAUGACCGGACAACAGUGGGUUACGGAGAACUUGAGUACUCCAAAAGAUUGCUAUAACAUGUUCAGAAUGUACAAGCCUUGUUUUGAUAGGUUGCAUCGUACACUUGUACACACAUAUGGCUUGAAGGGGACAAGAAACAUGAGUUCAGAAGAAGCAUUGGGUAUGUUUCUCUGGACGGUUGGGGGGCCCCAAUCCGUAAGCCAAGUGGAGAAUCGUUUCAAGAGAUCAACUGAAGUUAUACAUCGCAAAUUCAAUGAAGUAUUGAAAUGCUUGAAUGACAUGGCUGUAGACAUCAUUCGACCAACUGAUCCGGAGUUCAGAGUUGUACAUGAUAGGCUUCGGGAUGCGAGAUUUGCACCUCACUUUGAUGGUUGCAUAGGUGCGAUUGAUGGGUCACAUAUUCCUGUAAUUGUUCCAAAUGAUGAGAUCGUCAACCAUGUUGGUCGACAUGGAUACCCAACACAGAAUAUCAUGGCCGUGUGUGACUUUGACAUGAGAUUCACUUCUAUUGUCGCGGGAUGGCCAGGGUCAGCACAUGACACAAGGAUAUUCAGAGAUACUUUGGUGAAGUAUGCAGAUAGGUUUCCACAUCCACCUAUAGGAAGGUACUAUCUUGUUGACUCGGGUUAUCCCAAUUGUGAUGGAUAUUUGGCUCCAUACAAAGGGCAAAAGUACCAUGUGCCAGAAUUUCGCCAAGGUCUCCCACCGAAUGGGAAAAAAGAAACAUUUAACUUUGCACAUUCAUCUCUACGCAAUGUUAUUGAGCGUUCAUUUGGUGUCUGGAAGAUGAAAUGGCGUAUUUUACAAAAAAUGCCAAGUUACCCUCCUGAGAAGCAAGCUCGAAUCAUCAUUGCAUGCAUGGCACUUCAUAAUUGCAUUAGGGAAAGCAAUUUGAGAGACUUGGAGUUUGACAAAUGUGAUCGUGAUGAGAACUACAUGCCAGGGAAUUUACAACCUCUACCCACAGGACAUGUGUCCAAUAUUGUGGUUGGUGAUGAUGCAAUCAUGAAAGCAACACGCGAGGCGAUUGCUGAUGGAUUGAUGGCGGAUCAAGUAUAAUUUCACAUAUUACUUGAUGAGUCUAUGAUAUCUAGUGCAUAUUUUGGGUUAUAUGUGUACGUAUGUAAGACUGAUGGUUAGUACAUAUUUUGGAUGAUAUGUGCGCGUAUGUAAGACUAUGAUGGUUGGUCCAUAUGUGGAUGAUAUAUUUCGUAUGUAAGACUACAAGGGUUGAUUCUUUUUUUGGAUGUUACAUUUCA